UUUUUCUUAAAAAUCACUUAAAAACAAAGCGAUCACUUAUAAUAUAUUUAGUAAAUUCAGGGAGAAUUAUUGAAAUAAAAACACUAUAAGCAUUUCCCUUUUAACAGAUAUUUACCUUAUUUGACAUACAAAAUAAAUUAUUAACGCCUGUCCUAACUUUUUAAACGGACACACUUCCUGUUUUGGACAUUUUGAGAAUAUAGGCCUUUUAAAGGCAAAUUGAGAAAUAUGGAGAGUCCUCCGUCUCUCGAGACGGUUCACCAAGCUCUCCAAGCUUUAUAUAACAAUCCAGAUGUUGUUGGCAAGGAAAGAGCGUCAGUAUGGCUGGGCGAACUGCAGAGAUCCGUGCAUGCAUGGCAGAUUGCAGACCAGCUCCUUACUUCACACCAGAGCCUGGAGUCCUGCUACUUUGCUGCACAGACAAUGCGAACAAAGAUUCAGUACGCAUUCCAUGAGCUACCUACAAAUGUUCAUGAGUCUUUGAGAGAUUCCCUACUAGAGCAUGCUGGGAAGGUCACAGCAGACACUGCGCAUGUCAUUGUGACACAGCUGAGUUUGGCCCUUGCUGAUCUGGCGUUACAAAUGCCAGUAUGGAAAAAUAGUGUCCAAGACCUGGUUCAGAGGUUCGGUUCCAACCCUAGUCAGUUAUCUUUCCUGUUGGAAGUUUUAAUCGUUUUACCAGAAGAGAUCAGCAGUCGGUCGCUGCGUCUUGGAGCCAACCGGAGACAUGAAGUGAUAGAAGAACUUAAGGCUGCUUCACAAGUCGUUCUGGAACUCCUGAAUGGUUGUAUGGAGAACAUGUCCGAUGACACCCAGAUCAAGACGAAGGUCCUCAAGUGUAUGAGCAGUUGGUAUAACAUAGACGCGAUUCCGGAACAAGUCGUACACACUGCACUCUUCAUGGCGCCAUUUAACUCCCUGGUUAACAAAGAGUGUACGAGUGGACUACAUGAGGCAGCUACAGACUGUAUUUGCAGCGCCCUCUACUGUGUGGAGGAUAUAAAUGCCCACCCUUUGAAAGCAGAGGCCUUGUUCAAUGCUGUACUACAACUGGCAGAUCCAUACCAUCAAACCGUGGCGGAGGAGGACAUUGACAAGUCCUUGAAUUACUGCAGAAUAUUCACAGAACUCGCAGAAUCCUUCUUGGAAGUUAUAACAACAACACCAAAUAAGGGUUUGGGAGACUUCAGGGUUCUGGAGCUGCUGCUAAUGUGUGUUGGCCACCAUCAAUAUGAGAUUGCGGAGGUGACAUUCAACUACUGGUACAAGCUGUCCGAGGACCUCUACCAGAAGAACACUCCUGAGCUAAAUGAGGUGUUUAAGCCAUUCAUACAGAGACUGAUCAUUUCAUUGUGUCAGCACUGCCAGAUGGACCCUGAUCAUGAGGGAACCCUGGACACAUCAGAUGACUUCUUUGACUUCCGAAUGCGGGUGUCAGAACUGAUCAAAGAUGUGAUAUUUAUUGUUGGCUCUUCCACGUGCUUUACCCAUAUGUUUCAAAACCUGAAGAACCAGACCUCAGAGACGACUUGGGAUGUGUCCGAGGCGUCCCUCUUCAUUAUGCAGGCAGUAGCGAAAAACAUUCUCCCGGAGGAGAGUGAGGUUGUACCCCUGGUUGUGCAGGCUGUUAUGUCCAUCCCGGCCACCGCCCACAUAGCUGUACGAUACACCACCCUUCAGCUACUAGGAGAACUCUGUGAAUGGAUAGAAUCUCACCCAAGUGUCAUUGACCCAGUAUUACAGUAUUUGAUGGCUGGCCUACAGGAGCCCAGGCUUGCCUCAGUAGCGGCCACAGCAUUACAGAGUAUCUCCACAAUGUGUAAAAGCCACAUGAAAUCUCACUGUGAAGGCCUCAUACAGAUAGUACAGGCUGUAGAUACCUUUAACAUCUCAAAUGAUGCAGCCACUGGCCUACUUAAAGGCGUGGCAACCAUACUUGCCACGUUACCCCAUGACAAGUGCACAGAGGGUAUGAGACAGCUUUGUAGCUUCCAGACUGUGGGACUUAACAAGUUUUUAACUGAAGGAUGCGAAGCACCCAAACAAGGAGCCGCGGAUGACCCAACUGUGUUACUCGACCGACUAGCAGCUGUAUUCAGAUAUACAACUCCUAUGGUAGAGAAUGGAUCUGUCCAUCCCUGCUUACCUGUGAUACAAGAGGUGUGGCCAGUACUGGCCCAGGCUUGUAACAAGUACCAGGCCGAUGUGAGGAUAGUGGAGCGGUGUUGUCGGUGUAUACGGUUCGCUAUCAGAUGCCUGGGCAAGUCAUCAUCACCACUCCUUCAACCCCUUGUGCCUCAGAUGGUGAGCCUGUACCAGGUACACUCGCACUCCUGUUUCCUGUACCUGGGCAGUAUCCUCGUGGAUGAAUACGGCUCAGACAAGGACUGUACACAGGGGCUCCUAGAUAUGUACCAGCACUUCUGUCCGCCAACAUUUAAACUGCUAGAAGAACAGAAUGGCCUACGAAACCACCCAGACACUGUGGACGACCUAUUUAGACUCAGUCUGAGAUUCAUCCAGCGAGCGCCGUUAGCAUUGCUACAGAGCGUGGCAGCCAAGCCUGUGUUGAUGUGUGCAAUAGCCGCCUGCUCUCUCGACCACAAGGAUGCGAACGCUUCUGUAAUGAAGUUCAUCACUGAGUUUGUAAAGGCUGCCACUCAUAAAGAUGAAAAGGAAGACUUUGAAGCUCGGAGCGGACUGGUGAAGGGUCUGUUGGUGGAGCAUGGACAGGCACUUGUCCACUCCCUUAUCCACUCGAUUGUGUUCUGUCUGCCCACGUACAUGUGUGCUGAGAUCUCCGAGGUCAUCUAUGAGAUUAUGCAAGUCGAUAGGGCUACGUUCUGUGUGUGGUUGGAGCAUGUCCUGAAAGCCUUGCCGAAUGAGGGAACCCCCGGUGCAAUAAAAGUCACUCAUAAACAAUUGACAGACUUCCAUAAGGCAAUUACGAUCGCUGAAAAAGUGACUCAAGUCUCGGACGCGUUAAGAGAAUUCUCGAGACUCUACAGAUGAAACUAGUGAAUUUUAGUGUUUUUUAUAGAAUUCUGUGGUUGUGCAAAAUAUAGUUUUGCACUUGAUCUUCUAAUUCUGAUAAGUGAUUCUCAAGUUUUCUUGGCGAUGGAUAAUCUGAUAAUCUGCCAGCGCUGGAUAAUCUGGUGUUUCCUACUGUGAUUUCAAGUUCGAAGAUUCGACCACCAAACGAGCCAUACACCAUAGACAUCAUGUUUGUCGGUUUUACAUGGUUAUUUCCUGGGAGUGUUUUAGCUUUUUUACCUGAAAGAAGUUGAUAUACUCGUCAUUGUUUUAUAGGUUUUAAAUCAAAACUUUGUGAAACGUCUCUCUUUGAAGCUAAAGUAAAUACGCCUUAUAACAUAAAACCUACCCUUUUGUAAAAUAGAAAAAAUGUAAAAUAAUGGAACAACAUUGAACAAAUUACAUGCAUCUAAUAUGUAUUAAUUAUGAUUGGGUUCAAAAUAAAUAUGGGUAUGAAUAGUGUAUUGUUGUAUAAAUGACUUGUAAGGCAAGAAAAAAUCAUGAAAAUUACAGAAAACAAAAUAUUUAUUAAAUAUGUAUAAUUGGUUUUCUAUUAGUAAAUACAUGUAUGCAUGCAGAUUUAGUCAUUAUUGUGCCUCAUUGAGAUAGUGUUUUUGUUUAAAGUAAACACAUAUACCUUCAUUGGCACCAACUUUCAUGUCUAUCCUUUUUUACAAGUUGUAUGAUCUUGUUAAGUUUGUAUUUUGGAGUGUGUGUGUGUAAAAGUUCCAUCAAUGUGCAAUAGAUGUGUUAAUGGGUUUAUGGCAUUAGGUGAAGAAUAGUCGACACUUCAAAAUUACACACUUAAUUCUGAUAUAUAACAUUCAGAAAAAUUAUGAUUUUCUAAAACAAGCCUGGAUGCUACUUAUUUAUAUAAUGAUAAUUUUAUAACCCACAUGUCCCCAAAUAUAUUAAUGUAUACCAAAACACAGGUUUUUCUAUAAGCCUAGGAUUAAUUUUUUUGGCUUGCUGGUUCUAAUUUCAAUCUUUGAUGUAAUGAUGUGAAAUAUCAAACAAUGGAAUUGUACAAAACUGUUACGUAUAUAGCAUUGUACAUGUAUAUUUUCUUAGAUCAUGUGUUUAAUGGAAAUUCUAUGUUCAGGGACAUGACUGUUGUCUUUAAUAAAUGCACACAUUUCGAAGGUUUAGCUUAAAACAGAAGUAUUUUCUUUAAGCUUUAUGUGGCAUUAUUCCUGUCUGGCACUGAACCCUCAAUUUGUGCUGGUAGCUAAAUACCAAGUCAUUUGUGCUAGUGAAAUUUAAAAUAAUAUUACUGUUAAAUCAAGAAAUUCUAUAAGUUGUUAAUGCAUGAAUAUAAAUGUAGGGGCUAUCCUUUCAACGAGUGUGCACUGUACAACAAACAUUGACAUUUUUAAUUGCAAAUUUCUAAAACUUAAACUAAUAAUGUCUAAGCCAAUAAAUAAAGCUAAUAGCUUUUAAAAAGAUAUUAUGAUUACUCAGAAAUAUCAAUUUGAAACAGCAGUAGUGCGAUAAGUGUGUUUACAGGAUGGCCACAUGGUUUUGAAAUUAUACCAUCAGGAAAACAUCAUUAAAUUGUGAUUUUUGGUGGCUUAUGGUUAAAUAUAGUGUUGUAUAUGUAUUUCACUGCAUUCAAGCUACAUUUAAGGCAUUCAAAGUAUAAAUACAUAGAAUAGUUUUAGCUCUGUUAAACUUUCAUUUGUUGAAUACAUCAAACUGUGUGGUAAAAAAAAUCAGCAAUUAAGCUUUUUGGCUUUAACAUGUAUGACAUAAUAUUAGUCAUUGUUACUUUCAUAAGAUAAAAAUUCAGAGUAAUCACAAAUCAUAUUAUGAUGUUUAAAUAUUAUCCUGUUAUCAGCCGUAUAUAAUCUCAAUCUUGCAAUGCAAUUCGUGCGUCUAUUUGCAUCGUCUAGCUAUUUGUUGAAAUUUUAAUCAUGCACUUUUGUUACUUGUGAAAUAUUUUAAAAUUCAGUUUUGUUUUAGUUCUUAACCUAUCAAAUAUCUUUCUUUUCUCUGCUGAACAACCAUGGAGUUAUAUGCAACAGAAAUCUAGUUAAUGUACAAUCAUUAUACUAUUCCUAUUGUGCUGUAGUAAAUCAUGUACACACUAUUUUACAUUUUAUACAAGCUUUGUUUUAUGCCAGUAUCAAAAUCACGAUGCCGAUACUAUAUGUCUUGGCAUACAGUCAUAUAGUGAAAUAAAAUUUUAAAACCUUCAAA